AUUGACAUUUGACAAUCAGGUGUUUUUGACAGCGAAUAUAAAAUUGUAAUUCACAAUUGAUUUUAAAUAAAGAAAAAUAUAAAUAAUAAAUACAGACGUUUACUUUUAAAAUUGAAACUGUGAUACAAGUAUAAAAUCAGAUUAAUCUUUUCAUGAAUUAGAGUUUAAAAUGUCAUUUCGAUUUAAACCAACAGAAUUACAACAUUUUAAUUGGAUGUUUAAUCUAGCUCCAUGUUUUCCUGUUAAUGCCUCAAAAAUAAAUAUUAUAAAUGAUCCCAACAAAUUUUAUGACACCAUAUACGAAAGAUUUAAAAAUGCCAAACGUAGAAUUUCUUUAGCCAGUUUAUAUAUUGGCACGGGUGAAUUAGAAAAAAAAUUGUUAGAGGUUACAGUACAUAACGUUAGAAAUAAGAAAGAUUUAAAUUUUCAUGUUUUACUUGAUUAUCAACGAGGCACUCGGGGCAAAGAUAACUCACAAACAUUAUUUCGUCAAUUUGUAAAUGGUAUUUCUGAUAGAUGCCACUUAGCUUUGUAUCAAACACCAAGACUUCAUGGAACGUGGUCUAAAGCUCUUCCCUCUCGCUACAACGAGAUUGUGGGUCUUCAACAUAUGAAGCUAUAUAUUGCUGAUGAUUCUAUAAUAUUGAGCGGAGCAAAUUGUUCAAAUGACUAUUUUCAACAAAGACAGGAUCGUUACAUAGAAAUUGAGGAUCAAGAUUUAGCAAAUUUUUAUUGUGAACUAAUAGAUGAAGUAGCAAAGCAUAGUAAACCAAAUCAUUCUGAUUCUAUAACUAGUAAUAUAUCUAAAGAAGUUGUUAUAAAACAAGUCAAUCAAAAUAUUACAUAUCUAAUUAAUAAAUGGAAAGACAGACAAGCUUCUAAAUUAUCAUCCCUCAAUGAAAGUAUUAAAGACAAAGACACAUGGAUAUUUCCUCUGAUACAAAUGGGGGAAUUCAACAUAAAUCAAGAUGAACAAGCAACUUGUAAAAUUUUAUCUUCUGCACCAGAAGGAUCUCUUUUUCGUUUAGCAACUGGUUAUUUUAAUUUGACUGAAAAAUAUGCUGAUAUUUUACUUGGACAAUGUAAAGCGAGUAUAAGUCUGUUGAUGGCACAUCCAAAUGCUAAUGGAUUCAUGGGAGCUGCAGGACCGGCUGGUGGUAUACCUCAUGCUUAUUCAUUAAUAGCUAGGAAAUUUUGGCAGCAAGUUGUUAAUUAUGACCAAAUGAACAGAGUACAGAUAUUGGAAUAUGAAAGAACAGGAUGGACUUUUCAUGCAAAGGGUCUAUGGUACUAUCCCCCAAGUAGCGGUGUGCCGUGGGCGACGGUGGUGGGUUCUGCUAACUUGGGCGAGCGUUCAGUACGGCGAGACCUUGAAGCUCAGGCUGCAAUAUUUACCUCUUCACUCGAUUUACAGGAAAGACUUCACAAUGAGUGUUCAAGACUUCAUGACUAUGCUUCUGAAUGUAGCACAGACUUGCAGAAGAGACAAGCGCCGUUAUGGGUACGGGCUACUGUAGGAUUAUUUAGGACAUAUUUUUAAAUGUAAUUUUAUAUUUCAAUGGAACUUGUAGUGUACACAGGAUACCUUAUAUAUAUGUACCUAAUUUAUGUAUUGAAAGUUCCUGUACUUGAGACUUUGUUGGUGUGGAUGUUAUGCAAUCCAGGCUAGAUUGACUAAAGACAAGGUUACCUAUAGCCAAAUAUAUUUUGAAAGACGUUGAAUCUGCUAAGUUCGCCUGCCUUUUUCAAUUAGGAAGCAAUUAAGGACUUAUUCCUAAAAGACAUUAAUAAUAAUUAUUUAUGUUUCUCUGUAAUAUUUAUUAUGGAAGAGAACUAUACUUAUAUGA